AUGAUUGGUGUAAUAGUACCGUACUUGUCGAAAUUUCAUCGCAGUUAUCAAUCAAAUGAUAUCAUUGAUCGUCUCAAUUAUCAGUACACUGCACUAAUUAUUGCAAUUACUGCCCUAACGCUUGCUGCAACUCAGUAUGUUGGUAAGCCAAUUCAGUGUUGGGUACCUGCGCAGUUCACUGGAGCAUGGGAAAAAUACACGGAAACUUAUUGUUUUAUCAAAGGCAGUUAUUACAUGCCUUUGGAUGAUGAAAUACCACAUGAAUACUCACAAAGAGAUGAGUCGGUUUGUUUCUCAUAUGAUUUCUUUAUCCGUAUCAAUGUAAGAGGAAUUCUGAAUUCAGCAGCAAUGGUGAAGAAAAAAUUUGAUAAGAGUUCUCGUCUUGCACAAGUGCAUAUAGCUGCAGAUCAUUUGCGUGAUGCUUUGGACAUGCAAAGAGAGCUUCGAACUGGAUCAUUUGAUUGCUUUCAUCUUGGUAAACGAAAAGGAGUUUAUCUGAUUUUCUUAUACCUCUUCACCAAAUUGCUGUAUGUGGCCAAUGUGAUUCUACAAUUUGUCAUUCUGAAUGCAUUCCUCGGACCGCAGUAUACUUUCUGGGGUGCAGGUAUUCUUUCGGAUAUAUGGCAUGGCAAGGAAUGGAGUGAAUCAGGACAUUUUCCUCGAGUUACAAUGUGCGAUUUUCAUAUUCGUGUGCUGGGCAAUAUUCAUCGUUGGACAGUGCAGUGUGUCUUAAUGAUUAAUAUGUUCAACGAGAAAGUAUACAUUUUCUUAUGAGAUCCAAAAACUGAAAAAUAUCUCCGUGAUUUUAUCAAAAGAUUUCUGCGACCCGAUGGUAUCUUCAUUUUACGACUUAUCGAGACAAAUGGCGGCGAUUUAUUGGUUGGUGAAAUUAUUAAUGUAAUGUUCGCGCGCUAUAAAGCUCGUAUGGAGGAGCAGUAUGAAACGAUGGCUUUGACUGAUAGCACGCAUUUGAAUGGUAAUGAUAAUUUAUUGGAACGAUAA